AUGCCCAAAUACGUUCUGACUGGCGUUGGGGGGAGAAUUGGCAGUAUAGCAGCAUCCUAUGCACUGGAAAUUGACCCUCCAGACAGCACUCUUGUUUUCACCUGCUCCAACCCUGAUAAAAUCUCAAAGGAUACCCGUGGCAAAUGCCUUCGAGCGGUUUUUGCCGGUGCUGAAGCUGUGACCUUGAUAUCAACUUGGGCUUUCGGUCGUCGUCACCAACAAGCACAAAAUGUAAUCGACGCUGCCAAGGAGUGUGGUGUCCGACGAAUCUGCUACACUUCAUUCGUGGGUGCCGAUGAUCCAGCACCAGUUGACGAAAUGCCCUUUUUGCCUCGAGACCACAAACAAACCAAGGCUCUCAUCUGUGCCUCCGGCUUGGAAUACAACAUUCAACGCAAUGACCUAUACGUUGAGAACAUCCCCAAUUUCUUCGCUCCGUCCUGGAUUUUCUGCGAUAAUCGCUGGGUCUCGAAUUCGGGAGGAGCUCCUGGUGCCUAUGUCGCACGUGAAGACUGUGGCAGAGUGCUAGCUGCUAUCCUCUUGGGUCGUGGCGAGCCUAACAAAAUUUACGAUGUGACGGGCCCCGAGGCUAUAACAGAUGAGGACGUCUUCCAGUGGAUCUCCAGCAAUUUCAAAAGCCAGGGGAAUUUCGUGACAGUAUCAGAUCAGGAAAUGAAGGAAUAUUGGCUAGAACGCGGAUUGCCAACUGAUGUUUCGGGGGGAUUUCUCUCAAAUCCCGAUGAAGCUCUGUAUUGA